UAGAAACAGAAAUAUCAAAGAGAUAUCAAGAAGAUAUUCUUCCAUUAUUAUGUAUGGUUUUGCUGCAGAACAUGGUUCAUGCGUUCUGCGAGAGCAGCCACGAGAUGGUGCGGAAAUGGGAGAGGGUGGUGCCGUAGGAUGGAUCCACGUAUGAGAUCGACGUGUGGCCGUGGCUAGUGAGCAUGACGGGAGACGCCAUUUCUCGGACAGCGUUCGGGAGCAGCUACGAGGAAGGUAAACCUAUAUUCGAGCUCCAAGAUGAACAGACCAGGCAAGUUCAACAAGCUCUUCAUCUGGGUUUCAUCCCUGGACUGAGGUUCAUGUUCUUCCAUUCCAUUAUCAACUUAUAUACACACACUUUGAUGCGAUUCACUUCUUUUGUGCCACGACUUUGAUGAAGGUUUCUACCGACAAAGAGCAACAAUAGAGUGAGAGAGAUAGACAGAGAAGUGAAGAGAAGGGUAGGGGAGAUCAUUGAGAAACGAGAGAGAGAGGCCAAAGGAUGAUUUAUUGGGAAUACUGUUGGAGUCGAACUCGAGAGAUCAAGGCGAGAUGAGCCACCGAGAAGUCAUGGAAGAAUGCAGGCUGUUCUACUUAGGCGGGCAAGAAACCACGUCUUCGCUCCUCGUCUGGACAAUGGUUAUGUUAAGUUGGCACCGAGAAUGGCAAGCUCGUGCCAGAGACGAAGUCUUGCAAGUCUUCGGACAUGACAGCAAGCCUGACUUCAACGGUCUCUCUCGCCUUAAAACUGUGGCCAUGAUAUUGAACGAGACUUUGAGGCUAUACUCACCGGGAGUGGCACUAGACCGAGUGGUAAGCAAAGAGACAAGACUAGGAGACAUGAAUCUCCCUGAAGGCGUGCAAAUAGCAAUUCCGAUGCUAUUGGUGCAUCGAGAUCCCGAGCUCUGGGGCGAAGACGCGACGGAAUUCAAACCUGAGAGAUUCGAGGAAGGGGUCUCAAAGGCGACAAAGAACCGAGCAGCGUCGUUCAUACCGUUUGGAUUCGGACCAAGGAUCUGCCUUGGCCUCAACUUUGCAAUGACAGAAGCCAAGAUUGCUCUGUCUCUGAUUCUGCAGAGAUUCUCCUUCGAGCUUUCGCCCUCUUACGCUCACGCUCCUCUUAAGGUUCUCACAGUUCAUCCUCAGUUCGGUGCUCAGUUGCUCUUCCGUAGGCUCUGAGAUCAUGAAAAUGUAAUGCCACAAUAAUGAUGAUCCAUGAUAAUGGUAAAUAUUAAAUAAUAUUCUAUCUUUACUUAA